UUUCGUUUYAUGAUUCAGAUUCAUAUUUCAUUUUCAAUUUUUAUGGCACGGUCCAUGACUUGUAGCCUAGAGAGCAUACGUAAAACCUUGUAGUGUUACUKUGUUAGUUUAAAAAUUUCACUGAAUGUAAAUAAUCAAAGUUUAUUAUUACAAAUCAAUUUCGUUGAUCAUUAAUAUUUCUCUAAGUUUAUAAUAGUGUUAUAAUYUGAUAUUGGUCCAUGUUCAUUAUAUUUAUGAUUGAUUGAAUUUAUGACUGAUGGAGGUGAACGAUUACUAUAGUACCAAUAAGAGUAGCACGGAUGAAGAAGAAUUAUUACUAAAACGUUUAAUUGCCCUCAAAAAGCAACUAGAUGAUGAUGAAAAUGACGAUAAACCAAAAUUACAACAGACUCCGAAUAAUAUCAAAGAAAAUAUUAUUACUAAUAAAAAUGUUAAAUCAUCAUCCAAAUUUAAGUAUUGUAAAGAUAAUCAUACAGCUAAUAAAUUCCUUUCUACCAAAAUAGAUAAUCGUAAUUUUACCAAUCAUCAAAGUAAAAUUAAACAAAAUAGUUCAUUUGUUAAGACUAAUAAUUCAUCUUCUAAGGUGUAUACCAAACAAAAUGYGUUACAUUCAAGUCCUGUCAAAACUGUUAUUAAGAAACAAAAUCAUGAAAUAUUAAAUAACAGUCAUAAAAUCAUAGAAUUUGAUUCACAAAUUAAUGAAAUUGUGAAAAACAGCUUUGUUAAUAAUUGUAAGCUACCAUUAAAUGAGAGUUGUUAUGAAACUUCCGAUAUUUCACAAACAUUGCGUAAUGUUGAUAAAUAUAUGAUUAAUGUUCAAGAUUAUUUAACCGCAUCAAAAUAUGUUAUUGAUAAAGAAACAAACUCUUCAUCAACUAAAAAAACUAAUCAAUCAAAAAAUGUACAUGUCAAUAGAAAAUUUCAAAACCAAUUAAUUUCUUCUAGUAUGUUAAAUUCAAACUUAAAAAAUGUGUCAAAUUCUUUAUCACCAAUUAAUAAAUCAGCAAKUAUAAAUAAGAAAAAAAUAAUGAAGAAAUUGUCUGGAAAAAUGAUAGAAUCACCUAAUCUUGUAAAGAUAGGUCACACAAAAUUAAUACGUCAAUCAUUAUUUAGAAAUAAAUGGAAGAUCAACUAUAAACUGAAUGGUAUUGAAAAUAAUAAAAUUGAACGUAAACCCCUCUCAACUUUACAAUGCCCAGUAUCAAAUACAUUAAUACCGUCUUACAAAAAUACAGAAUGGAAUAAUGUUACUAAUACAACAUCUGUACUUCAAUCAAAAUUAUCCAACCCUAGUAAUACUAAUAAGUUAAAAUGGACAAGACCCAGUAUAUUAUUGGUAAAUAAUGUGAACAAUAAUACUCAUUCUUCCAUACAAAAAGCUGAUAAAUUAAUUUUAUUUGGCAAGAAUAAAAUAAUUAGACAAUCAUUAAUAAAUCCAAUUCAGUCAAAAACAAAAUCUUAUAUGCUUAAACAUCUAUCGCAUAGAUUUGCUUUAAUGAGGAAAUUACAGCAAAAAAAUAUUGUUGCUAAAAUAAAAACUGUUACAAGCAGUGAACAAGCUAAAAAUACAGUAAUUAAGCCAGUUGAAAAUAAAAAAAGUGGCAAGAGAUCAUAUUCAGUGUAUUCAUAUGUUAAUCCAAUAUUGAAAUCUAAGACAAAUAUUAAUAAGUUGGAUAAAACUGGAUCCUUGGAUAAUAAAAUACCACRUUUAAUAAAUAUUUCUGAUAAGAAACCUCAACAAAAUUUGAAAAUUAUAAACAAUAAUAAAAACAAAAUUCAAAAUAUAAGUUUAACAAACAAUAAAACCCUCCAACGACUCAGAAGUAAAAAAACACUCACCAAACAGCUUUGUCUUGUAUUUAAUCGCUUUGGCAAUUGUUCAAAAUUGGAUCAAGGAGAAUGUGAUAAAUGUCAUUACAAAAAAUACAUCACACUGUGCACAAAGUUUUUAAAGGGAGAAUGUUUUAAGGAAAACUGUUCAUUAUCACAUAAUGUCAUUGAAGAAAAAAUUCCAUUCUGUAAGCAUUAUUUAAAUAGUGUUUGUGUUCAAUUAAAUUGUCCAUUCUUACACGAAUAUAGAAGUAAAAACACUCCUAUUUGUAAAAAUUUUCUCCAUGGUUCCUGUAAUUGGGGGAAAAAAUGUCCUAAAAAACACAUAGAUUUAUGUCCAAUUUUUGAAACAAAGAAUGAAUGUCCACAUGGUCAAAAAUGUCUAUACCCACAUGUUCAAUUUGAGGAUAAAAGUACUGUUGUAGUUGAAAUCAAUGAACCCAGAUAUUUUGAAAUAACAAUACCCAAUAAUGAUGAAUCAAAUGAAAACGAAUCCAUUCAUAUUGUACCCAAACGCCGUGCACCUUUAUUGGAUUUACCAUCUUAUAUACCUUUAAAAAAACAAUAAGUUGUCUACAAUUAUGUAGAUUUACUUUUAGGUCAAUGUCCAAUAUCAAAAAAUAUGGUAUGUAAUACAUUAUUUUUAAUUUGUACAUGUGUAUGUACUACAUAUUCAAAUAUCCAAUUACAAUAAUUAUUGGUAAACACGUUUUUAUACAUACAUAUGUAAUAGAAGACUGGUAUGUUUGUAUCGUAAAAUGUUUGUUAUUUUAUUUUAAGAGAAAAAUUUAAAAA